CCCUGCUUUGGCUAUUUUUCUUCUUCUUUUUUUUUUUCUUUUUGGCAUUUGAAGUGGGAAAGCCAGGCGUGAAGGUCUGUGAGGACGCAGUGGCGGGGGUCUUGUCUUCACUUGAAAUCAGAACCUGGUUUUAUGUGAACGUUGUGUCACCGUCCCUUUCCCCCGUUCUUUCUGUAGACUAUUUGAAAUCUCACUCGUUUCCCGGGCCCUUCCUUUUCGUCCGACCCCGCUCCCCGCCCCCCAUGGGGCAAGGGGUGACAUCCCACCGGGACGCGCGCUUCUCUGGGGACUCCUGUGGUGCGCAGUGCAGGGCGCAGACACCCACGUCAGACCAGCUGCUUUGUUUUCAGGAUGGGGGAACCUUUGAGAACUAGUCGGGGUGAAACUCUGCCCCUAAGUCUCCGAGGGUUUAUUGUCCUGGUCGCCGCAGUAGCCCGGGGCUCGGGCAUUCACUUUCGCGAAGGCCGAAACCCAGCUUCCAGCGCCGAGUCCGAACUUCCACGCCGCGCUAGGUGCCUAUGGGACCUAGGUGGGAGGCGAUGAAUUUGCACCCCAAGAGAGAGACCCUGUGGGGGCGCAUGUGAAUGUGUGUGUGAGGCAGAAAAGGAAAACAGAAACGAGACGAGGAAGAGAAUAGAGUGAAGGCUGUUUCAAUAACUUUGACUGCGGUGGGAGAGCGCCGGAGCAGGGAUUUCGGGUUUCCGAGCCGGAUUGGGGCUGUCUAAUUAUGUCGGGGCUCUGCAGAGACACGCAGGAGGCGAGGUGCCGCUUGUUCUGACAACCCGGCGGGCAGACUGGCAGCGGCGGCAGCCUUGCCGCGCUGGGAGAGAGCGAGCAGUGUCAUCAGGGGGGGCGUCGGGCGGGAGUGGCCCAGCCAGUCGGACGGGUUUGUGCCGGGAGCCGGGAGCCCGUGCCAGCAGCGCCCAGGCUGGGCCGCCUCGCAUCUCUGCCUGCCCCGGGCCGCGUCCGGGCUCCGGUCCCCGAGCCCCUGCCCUGGAGAGCCGAGGGCGGGGCGGCAGCUGCCGCAGAGAGCACAGCGCAGGGUGUCCGAGGGAAACUCGCUCCGCGGCGGAGGCGAGGGCCGGUCCGGGGAGGGGCGCCGAGUUAUGGAGGAGCGGCGCGGCAGCCGGCAGCAGAAUCCCAAGUCCCAGGCCCGGCUGCGGAGCGGAGGAGCCCGCGGCCGGAGAGGGCGGGGAAACACCGCGGGUGCCGAGAGCCGGAUGAACGCCUGGACGCGGUCGCCGGCAGCUCCUGUCCGCGACGCACGGCCCCCACGGUAUCCCGAGGACCGUCACGACGGCACCAGCAACGGGACUGCACGGUUGCCCCAGCUGGGCACUGUAGGUCAAUCUCCCUACACGAGCGCCCCGCCGCUGUCCCACACCCCCAAUGCCGACUUCCAGCCCCCCUAUUUUCCCCCACCCUACCAGCCUAUCUACCCCCAGUCGCAAGAUCCUUACUCCCACGUCAACGACCCCUACAGCCUGAACCCCUUGCACGCCCAGCCGCAGCCGCAGCACCCGGGCUGGCCCGGCCAGAGGCAGAGCCAGGAGUCAGGGCUCCUGCACACGCACCGGGGGCUGCCCCACCAGUUGUCUGGCCUGGAUCCUCGCAGGGAUUACCGGCGACACGAGGACCUUCUGCACGGCCCACACGGGCUUGGCUCAGGACUCGGAGACCUCCCAAUCCACUCCUUACCUCAUGCCAUCGAGGACGUCCCGCAUGUAGAAGACCCGGGUAUUAACAUCCCAGAUCAAACUGUAAUUAAGAAAGGCCCCGUGUCCCUGUCCAAGUCCAACAGCAACGCCGUCUCCGCCAUCCCCAUUAACAAGGACAACCUCUUCGGCGGCGUCGUGAACCCCAACGAAGUCUUCUGUUCAGUUCCGGGUCGUCUCUCCCUUCUCAGCUCCACCUCGAAGUACAAGGUCACGGUGGCGGAAGUACAGCGGCGCCUCUCACCGCCCGAGUGUCUCAAUGCUUCGCUGCUGGGCGGAGUGCUGCGGAGGGCGAAGUCUAAAAAUGGAGGAAGAUCUUUGAGAGAAAAACUGGACAAAAUAGGAUUAAAUCUGCCAGCAGGGAGACGUAAAGCUGCCAAUGUCACUCUGCUCACAUCACUAGUGGAGGGAGAAGCUGUCCACCUCGCCAGGGACUUUGGGUACGUGUGCGAAACUGAAUUUCCUGCCAAAGCAGUAGCUGAAUUUCUCAACCGACAACAUUCCGAUCCCAAUGAGCAAGUGACAAGAAAAAACAUGCUCCUGGCUACAAAACAGAUAUGCAAAGAGUUCACCGACCUGCUGGCUCAGGACCGAUCUCCCCUGGGGAACUCGCGGCCCAACCCCAUCCUGGAGCCCGGCAUCCAGAGCUGCUUGACCCACUUCAACCUCAUCUCCCACGGCUUCGGCAGCCCGGCUGUGUGCGCCGCGGUCACGGCCCUGCAGAACUAUCUCACCGAGGCCCUCAAGGCCAUGGACAAAAUGUACCUCAGCAACAACCCCAACAGCCACACGGACAACAGCGCCAAAAGCAGUGACAAAGAGGAGAAACACAGAAAGUGACAGCUCCGGGAUCAGCAAACCCCUACUGCUGCUACUGCUGCUGCUGCUGCUACUGCUGCCACCUUCAGUCCUCCAGUCUGGGAGUCUGGGGACUGCUCUCCACUGUCAGUGGGGCAGCCCCUGCCUCAACUUUCCCGUCAGCACCAACUCCCAUUUGCCCUCAUGUGGAGCCUAAGAGAACAGGACAGGCCAUGAAGCCAGCAAAGAAAAGUUCUGUCCGAGUUUGUGAACCUUUUUUUUUUUUAAAUACGCCUCCCCCCCCCAAUCAACAAUGGCAACAACAACAAAAAAUUUAAACUUUUUUUCUAAAAAAAGAACGUAAAAAAAAAAAUUAUAUGAGCUUCAUGGGACUGAAUCACCACCUUCCUUUACAUACUUCAGUUGAGAUUGUAGCCAUACUUUAAAAAAACAGGCAAAAAGGAUAAUGACAUUUUUAUCAGUAUUGUGAAUAAACUUGAACACAAAUACACGAAGUUCCAUGUCAUGUCUUCAGUUGUAGAAGUUUUUCCUCUUCAAGGUAAAGCGACCAACUUGAACUUUCUCUGGCAACACGAUUCACAGUUAUAUAAGGGAAUCAGUGUUCAUGUCUCUGUAUAUAUUUAUUUAUGUGUAAUUUAAUGGGAAUUGUAAAUAUGGUGAGUCUGUUUUAAGCCUUUUUUUAUUUAUCUGGUGAUCCCGUUUACCUCUUGUUUAGUGGGUUUUGAAUCUUCCCUAUUAGUUCUUCAUGUGGUUCAUGGUACUUAUUUAGAAAUUCAAGGUUUGGGGGAUUUGUUUUCCUCUGGGAUUCAUGAAUUUAGCCCUGUUGUAGCAUGUUAAAGACGACAAUGAAACAGCUGAACAAAUAAAAAGUAAAAUAAAAUUUUAUAUACAAUUAGUAUUACAUUUAGCUUUUCAUUGAACUGAAAGAGAAAUUGAUAUUGGAUCCUGGAAAGAUUUUUAAACUUAAAUGGUUCGAGAACUCUUCUAUGUAUUGUGGGGAGAAAAAAAAAGUUAAUUUUUUCCCACUGUCCUCCCUUUAAAGCACCAUUUGAGCAAUAAAUGAGUAUUGUCCUUAAACCAAGGGUUAGGGAAUUCUCUUCUCUCUCUCUCUCUUUUUGUUCAAAAAACUUCAAACAUUUGGGACCACCUGGUAUUCUGUAUUUUCACUGGCCAUUUUGGAAGCAGUUCUAGUUGUAUUGUAUUGAGUUGUGCUGGCAGUAGUUUCCAAGCCUGUCAAUGUAUCAUAGUCCUUUGUUGCCCAGAUAAAUAAAUAUUUGAUACGCUUUAUGUCGAUUUUUUUUUAUUCAGUGGCUGUCUUUACCCAGGCGUAUUUUUGUUCUUGGCAGUAUUUUUUAUUCAGUAUGGUUACAGUAAUUGAGUUUAACUCUCCCUUGGCAAUUGCUCCUUGCAAUAAGCAGCUGAACCCAUUGUUUCCCUCAAGUAUAAUAAAAACUUACUUUCAACUUGGAGUUCAGAGCAGGGUAUCAUUUAGAUAUUC